AUGCCCCAAACGCCGCCUAUCGGCACCCCGGUCGGCGUGCACCCGUACCUUCACCAGCGCUCUCAAUCGACGCAUUCAACUCCCACUCCCACAUCCGCACAUGGUCAAAACCCGCAGCAACUUCACGGCCAUGCGUACUCUCACGGCAGUCCUGUGGUGACAGCACAUCCCCCCCCUGAAUAUAGCCGACAGCUCUCGCAGCCUCCUACCCCACUGGGCCCGCCCCAGACCGGGCCUCGACAAUCUUCCACCGCACCGAGCUUUGCGCAACCACAAAGUCCCUACCAAAAGAGACUGUCUGGCUCGCACCUUGCCCAAGCCACACCACCACCACCACCACCACCACCACCUCGCAUGCCCAGCUCCCACAGCGGCCACGAACGAAGAUCCUUGUCACAAAGUGAGCGCGACAGAAGUGUUAGCGUCAGUCCCAAGACCCGAGUCUCGAGUUUGCCAAGCAGCGCCGGCAGAUACACAGAAUCAGAGGCGCGAUCACAUCCGAGUGUCGUCAACAUGGUGGAACCCGAACGCGAACGCGAACGCGCCGCGACACCCGCCAAAAGAAAGCUUGCUGAUAGAGAUUUAAGCCCGAGGGAACUCGAGCGGAAGGAGCCAAGGCCUCCGCCGGCUGAGGUCAAUGGCGGACCUAGGCUUUCCCGAUCGCCCGUGAUGCAGCGAAAGAGAAAGAUACACACGACGCCUCCCAUCUGGGCACAGACAUGGAACGCUCGGGAGAACAAGAGGCUGAAGCUGGCCAAUUUCGAGCUACAAAAACGAGGACCACCUAGUGUCAAUGGCAAACCAGAGCCUACAAAGCAGGACAGCUCCAGCCGCCAUACGUCUCCAGAGGCCGCGCGAUCCACUGCGCCGCCGGUUCAGGAACCACCUAAGCCUGAUAGUCUGCUUGGCUCAUGGGAGGAGAGCAUUCUCGGCACCCGACCGUACGAGGAACUAUCCAAGACGAUUGCCGAUUUCCUGUUCAAGAAUGUGACGCUCCACCCCGACUCUGGCGAGAUUAUUGGGCGAGGCGUGCAAUUCGAGAUCGAGGCCAAGAUGGGUCAGCUCAUCGAUAAAGACACCAAUGGUCGCGUCGAGAGGGCAAUCGGCUCGGAAUGUGUUCUGCACGACACCGGCCGUCUUGCCUUCAGAAGCAGCAUGACAGAGGCUCAACACAAAGGUCUAAAUGAAUUCCUGAACAAUAUGGUUGUUCAGACAGAUCCACGGAAUCCCAACGCCCGAGGCCGUGUCCAAAUACAGUACAAGCAUCGACGGGAGGUUGACAAGUUCUACGAGCUGCCGAACGCUCUGCAAGCCCGUCUUCCAGGCUGUGUUCGAUCUCUCCUGUCUGGCAGGCGAUCGAUCAAGGUCCGUGUUACGUAUGACCAGAAGACGCAACAAGUCCUGGCCAAGAUUGUCAAGGCUCGAGUGGCUGACAUCCACCUCCAUCUGCCAACGUGCCCGCUCGACUGUCGUAUUAGUAUCAACCUCGAAAUGCCAUGGGACGGAUCCGUCGAGGAGUUGGAAAGUGCGGCUGUUGGGCACGCUGAUAAAUUCCCCGACCGGAACAAAGAUCGCCUAAGUUAUAAGCAGAACCACUACCAGAUCGACUUGACACAGGUGACACAGAUGGUGCCGGGCCCUGGAAAUACCCACCGGAUCGACAAAGAGCACGAGCUUGAGGUCGAGUUGUCGUCAGACAUUCUUCUCGACCAACAACGCCGAGCAAUGAGGAACGAGCCGCAUCAGUACCCCCAACUCGUUGAGGGUUUUGUUGACAACGUACGCGUCCUGGCCCGGAAGAGCCGUGAAUUCAUGUGA